AAUUUUAUUGGUUAAUUUUUGAUUAUGGCUAAGUUACUCUUGAGUUCCAUCUCUUAUAGCAUCAGAAACGUUGCCAAUCGCCCCGCAACUACGACGUUACGAAUCGCGAUCUAGCGAUGAAGCCCCACCGUUACCAUCUCGUCGAAGUUUUAGAGAUGAAACGUCACGACCUACUUCGCGAGUAUCUGCAUUUGAUUCAUACGAUGGAGCGUAUACGUUAGACCGUACUGGAAGUGCAGUAGGACGUGAGUUUGAAUACACCAACUAUAAUUCCCUACCGAGAGGUGAAUCAGCACAUGUUAAUGUCUCUCUUCGACUCUGUUCCACUCUCCCUCGUGGCGAGCGCAGUGGUCGACUUGUGCGUCUUGAUUCGUCAAACUCGUUAUCAAACUCAGGAUCUCAAAUGCCUGCCCUUUUCGAACCUAGAAAAGUUGCUUUAAUACGAAGAUCGAGCACGAGGCAGUCCAUCUAUGCUGAAAGCAUUUAUGGGGAUAUGGAGGAGAGUGAGGAAGUCAGCAAGGAAACUGAGAAUGGCGGAGUAUCUAGCUCUACGUCGUCAAGACCGUCUUCAAUGUCGACGCGUCCGCUUUCGUCUACUAAUGGAUACAUGGAGACCUUGACGUACCAAGAACAUUCGACGUCAGCGUACAGACGUGAAGCUACCCCUACAAAUCGUGCCAGCGAUAAAGAAGCCGUUGAAUUUAUCUCUUGGGUAGAGGACAACCAAUAUGGUCGGCAAACGCCUAGUACUCAACCAGCUACACCCUCAUCGCAGCAUGACAAUGAUUCGUUGAAGAGUGAGAAAAAACGAUUUUCUCUGUUUGGUAAACGUGGAUCGAAGUCUCAGAAGUGA